UAGCUGGGUGAGACACAGCCAGACGCAGGAGCUCGAAAAGCGGAGUUACUCCGGAGUGUGGUCCCGAUCCCGUCGCGUCUGUUGCCUGAUAACGACCGACGUUGGGUUGUGUGAAGCUGUCGAGGCGCUCCUCCGCGGAUCUCCCCGGUUUCUGCGGAAGUCGGAAGCCGAUGUGAGCUGCGCAGGACUUCGCAGCGACCCGGGCUAACGUUAGCAGCGCUGGCUUGACGCCGCUUGUUUUCCUUAACGGCGACAACAAAUUAGCGCAAAUCAAACUUCCAGCCAUGGCGGCCGGAGGGGCGGGCGGCAACAGCGGCAAGACGUACUCCUUCAAGGUGGUGCUGCUGGGGGAAGGCUGCGUGGGCAAGACGUCGCUGGUGCUGCGCUACUGCGAGAACAAGUUCAACGACAAGCACAUCACAACUCUACAGGCGUCCUUCCUCACGAAGAAGCUCAACAUCACGGGCAAGAGGGUGAACCUCGCCAUAUGGGACACCGCGGGUCAGGAGAGGUUUCAUGCGUUAGGUCCCAUCUACUACAGAGACUCCAAUGGAGCCAUUCUAGUGUACGACGUCACAGACGAAGACUCGUUUCAGAAGGUGAAGAACUGGGUCAAAGAGCUGAGGAAAAUGUUGGGCAACGAGAUUUGUUUAUGUAUAGUAGGUAACAAAGUUGAUUUGGACAAAGACAGACAUGUUUCAGUUGAAGAGGCAGAGAGUUACUCCGAGUCUGUCGGAGCCAAACACUACCACACGUCAGCCAAGUUAAACAAAGGCAUCGAGGAGCUGUUCCUGGACCUUUGUAAAAGGAUGAUGGAAACGGCUCAGGCUGAGGAGAGGUUGAAGGGCAACGGAGCCAGCCAAUCGGCUUCGAGUAGGCGGGGAGUACAGAUAGUGGACGACGAACCACAGGCCACGCCGGCCGGAGGCUGCUGCUCCUCUGGCUGACACACACACUUUUACUUCAACACACACAUACACACACAUUCAUCAGUGUGUCAGUUGUCUGGUCCAUCGGCUCUAAAUCCUAAACUAAUCUGCUGUUUGUUCUGCUAAGGAGCAUGGGAAAUUACUCUUCACUUACUUAAUCCUGCGUGCCCUUACUAAAGAAGUCACUGAAGUCGUUAUGAUUGAAUUCAGUGACAAGAUUCUCUAAUAAUCUCAUUUUAGCACUUUACUAUCCUCCCAUAUAUGGAAAUACAACAACGCAACAGUAUUUUAAAAACAAAGCAGUGGCCAAUGUUCCAGAAAACAUCAAUUUCAUAUUUAAAUUAUCAUUAAAACAGGCGAACAUUAUUUCACAGAAGAGUCUCAGGCUUCAGCAAACACACAAACACGCACACACUGUACAGACGUCCAAUAAACUCCAUAUUCAUCAGAAAACAUAAACACCAGUUUGUAGUGGAACGUCUCCACCUGCUGGACAAACAUCAGACUGCAGACAUGUCCAACCUGACCGCCAGGGGGAGCUGCAGCGGCAUUUAGUCAAUAAAGUUAAUACAAAAUAAACUUGUCAUUAACAUAAAACAAACAUGGGUUCUGCAGAACCUGGUAAUAUUUGUUUAAAUUAAACUGCACUUUAUCCAAAUCAAAUCUGGAGAUAAAAUGUCCAACAUGAAAACAUGAUAUUUAUAGUUUAUUUCAAAAAUGAAAUUGAUAAAGAGGUUAAAUUGAUUCAUUUGAAUUAAUUAUCAAAACCUAAAGAAAUUAAAACAAUAUAAAGCUAAAAAUUCUCCAAUCUGGGAAUCAGAGUAAAGAAUUUAAACUUUAACUAUUUUGUUCAUUUAUUAAUCGACUAAUCGUCACAGUUCAAAUCAAUAAUAACGUUUAAUCAGCUCUGCUCCGUCUUUAUCUGAAAGUUGAGUCGAUGGUUUUAACACAAACACACACUUCUCUACAACAACACACCCACACUGUCGCUGCCGGACAGAGAAACUGUGCAUGUUUGAAUUCUGUAAACAGCUUUUUGUUUGUUUUUGACUUUUAAAAAACUUGGUGAAUAAAUAAAAGAGUGAGCAGCGGUUAUUUAAUAAGUUAAAGUCUCGUGGUGGUGAUGGAUCUGAUCUGUUCAUGAAUCCUACUCUCUUCUCGCUGCUGUGUUCGAUUCCUGUUGUUUCUCCUGCGUUAAUCUGCUUAGUGAAGAAAACACACAAAUAACAACAGACUGGACGUGUUGUUGCCUUCGGGGGGGAAGUUCUGUUCGUUAUGGAGAAACGACGACGUGUGGAAAAGGAAAAAAUAUCAGCACACCUUUUGGAAAUGUCAUUUUUUUAAACUGCUAGUGUCAAAAGUGUUUUGUAAAGAUAAUAGAACAAUUAUAACGAUUUACACAACG